AUGAGAAAACUAUUUAGGCGUCAAGGAGAGCAAAGAAAAAUUCGGGAUAAAUCCGAUUUAAUAGUAAAGUCUAAUGGUCAAAGGAACUCUGAACUGGAAAAAGGUAUUAAUUUCUACGCAGAAUAUUUGAAACAUUUGGACGCUUGUAGCAGUGGUGCUAGCCAACUGUCACCGAGCGAUGAGGCACAUACGCAGAACAGUGAUCUUUAUGAUGGUAAAGCUACGUUUGCAACCACUCAGUCUGAACUUCUGCAAAAACUAGAAGAUGCUUAUCAGCGUGAGUCUAAUUUAGAAGAAAAGCUAAAGGAAAAGAUAAAGAGCUAUCAAGAAUUAAAAGAGGAGAAUGUCAGCUUGAAUAAACAAAUUGAAAGCUUUACAACUGGGCAAACUAAGUUGGCAGAGAAACAUUCUCGGGAUAAAAGAGCUUUAGUUGAAGAAAUAGUUGAAUUACAGAGACGAUUAGAUGGUUUAACUCCCUCUCUUGCGCUAAAGGAAGCUCAAAUUGCAAGGCUGGAGACCGAAAAAGACACAGCAAACAAUCAAGUGCGGAACGUUACAAACCAGUUACAGUGUUUACAAAUGAAAUUAGACGAAGCGCGCAGGGAUGAAGCAGUAAUUUCAAAGUUGGAUUUAGAAAGGCGCGAUGAGAUGGAUUCUCUUCGAAACAGCCUAAAGAGAUUUGAAAUAGAAAUUGAAGACUACAAGGAAAAGGAGCGCACUUUCGCUGAAGAUUUAUCGGAUCUUAAAAGGGCACUUAGAGAAGCUGAACUGCUUGGAAAGAAGGAGAAAGCAAUCGCAGAAAAGGCUUUAGAAGAAAACAGUGGUUUAAUCAAGGAAAAUUCUGAAUUAUGUGCGAAAAUAUCAUUGUUGGAAAUUGAAAUUGCUCAACUUAAUAAGGACAAUGAAUUUCGCAAAAUGAACGACAUUAAUUUAGCGGAAUUAGCGGAAAUUCGAGAGUCGGAAAAGCGAUCAAAACUAGAAGUUUCACGCCUUCAGGAGAAACUGAAAGCCGAGCAAGAACGUCUGCACAAUACCGAAGCUCAAUUCGACGAGUACAGAAAGAAGGAGGAGGAGGUAGGACAAUGGCACCAUCGAACACAAAAGGAACUGGAAGGUCUUCAAACUUUAUCUUCGUCUCUUUCAAACGAAAAUAAGCUUCUCCGGCAAGACAAGCUCACACUUAGUGACCGAUGUGAAGAGUUACAAAAUAAGCUUCGUAAAAAAGAUGAAGAAUUCGAACGGAUGAGAGACGAGUAUGAAACAGUCAGUGAACAUUACAGAAAAGUUUUGGAGAAACUCGAACUGGAAACUGCACUGCAGCAUGAGAGAGCUGGUGAAUACGAAGAUUUGGUGAAUCGAGUACAUCAACUGUCUGCUUCACUUUCUCGAGAUGACAGUUCUUCGAAAAGUUCACGAGGAAAACGUCAAACUGCAUCUUCGGAAAAUUCAUCUGGAAAAAGCACAGGAGAGGAAAAAGUACAGUUUAUCGUACUUAAUCUUGCUGAUUUGCCAGUGCGGUGA